AAUCCUCCCCGCUGUAACCUCGAUGGCUGCGCAGUCCUCUGCGCUUCUCCUUGGGAGGUAAACUCUGCUGAUUCAAAGUGGCUUCCUCGCGAGUAAUACCGCCCGGCUACGAGCUUCCGCGCGCCUAACCCGAGAGGAAGUACCAUAUCGGACCUCUAGGGAGGCUUUCUCCCGUGUAAACGAGCCCGGGAUGGGACCGUCCCACCUACGCGCGCCCCCGGUUUGCAGAUCUUCGCCCCUUCGCUCCAUCCCGGGCCGGUGGGCGUCGGGUUGCCCCGCCACGACGCACCUCUUGCGGCCCCUCCCCAAGCGUCCCACCGGUCCGCCUCCUCCUCUCCUCCUCCGCAGCGACGGCGCCUUUCCCGGUGGAGGCGGAGCGGCUGCCCCGGGACCUCCCUCGGGCCUGCCCCUGCCAGCCAGUCCGGUCCCGCCCCGUGCUGGGGGCGUGGGGAGAAGCGAGGAGAGGAGCCAGGCGUCCGGGCGCAGGGCGCAGCGAGUGCUGCCGGGGCUGCUCGUAGGAGCCUGCUGGCGGGAGAGGGGCGCCCGGAGCCGGCCACGAUGGCGGCGGACAGCGGCCUGGAGCAGCGGGCGCUGCAGUACGAGCAGACCUUGAUGUAUGGCCGCUACACGCAGGACCUGGGAGCCUACGCCAAGGAUGAAGCCGCCCGCAUCCGCCUGCAGCAAGAGCGCUGGAAGCCAUCCCCAAAGGACCGCCUGCGCCCCUCUGAGCUGCUGGAGUAUGACCAGAGCCGAUGCGCCCGCUGCCGCAUCUGCACUGUGCGGUGCCAAAAGUUCCUCAUCUCCAAGGUGGGCGAGGACUGGAUCUUCCUGAUCCUCUUGGGGUUGCUUAUGGCCCUAGUGAGCUGGGCCAUGGAUUUUGCCAUCGCCACCUGCCUGCAAGCCCAGAAGUGGAUGUAUGGGGGUUUGGAUGCCAACAUCUUCCUGCAGUACAUGGCCUGGGUCACUUACCCUGUGGUCCUCAUCACCUUUUCAGCCGGCUUCACUCAGAUCUUGGCUCCGCAAGCUGUAGGCUCUGGCAUCCCCGAAAUGAAGACAAUUCUCCGGGGCGUGGUGCUGAAAGAGUACCUUACCCUCAAGACCUUUGUGGCCAAAGUGAUUGGCCUGACGUGCGCCCUGGGCAGUGGGAUGCCCUUGGGCAAAGAGGGACCAUUUGUCCACAUCGCCAGCAUGUGUGCCGCCCUCCUCAGCAAGUUCCUCUCACUCUUUGGUGGCAUCUAUGAGAACGAAUCCCGCAAUAUUGAGAUGCUGGCAGCUGCCUGUGCUGUGGGUGUUGGCUGUUGCUUUGCUGCUCCGAUUGGAGGUGUCCUCUUCAGCAUCGAAGUCACGUCAACCUUCUUCGCCGUCCGCAACUAUUGGCGUGGCUUCUUUGCCGCUACCUUCAGUGCUUUCAUCUUCCGGGUUCUCGCUGUGUGGAACAAGGAUGAAGAAACCAUCACAGCUCUCUUCAAAACCCGCUUCCGACUGGACUUCCCUUUCGACCUGCAGGAGCUGCCGGCCUUUGCUGUCAUUGGGAUCGCCAGUGGUUUUGGCGGGGCACUCUUCGUGUACUUCAACCGGAAGAUUGUCCAGUUCAUGCGCAAGCAGAAGGCCAUUAACCGGUUCCUCAUGAAAAAGCGCCUGCUGUUCCCUGCUCUUGUCACGCUUCUCAUAGCAACACUGACCUUCCCACCUGGCUUUGGGCAGUUCAUGGCUGGGCAGCUCACACAGAAGGAGACACUCGUGACCCUGUUUGAUAACCGCACGUGGGCCAAGCAGGGCCUGGCUGAAGAGUUUGAGUACGUGGGCCCCUCCGAGGCCUGGAAGCACCCACGCUCCAACGUCUUCGUCACCCUGGUGGUCUUCAUCCUCAUGAAGUUCUGGAUGUCAGCCUUGGCCACUACCAUCCCAGUGCCCUGUGGAGCCUUCAUGCCUGUCUUUGUCAUUGGUGCGGCCUUUGGGCGGCUGGUGGGCGAGAGCAUGGCGGCAUGGUUCCCGGACGGCAUCCACACCGACAGCAACAUCUACCGCAUUGUUCCCGGCGGCUACGCAGUGGUGGGUGCAGCUGCGUUGUCUGGAGCCGUCACUCACACCGUGUCCACAGCGGUCAUCGUCUUUGAGCUGACAGGCCAGAUCUCCCACAUCCUGCCGGUCAUGAUCGCAGUGAUCCUGGCCAAUGCCGUGGCCCAGAGCUUACAGCCCUCUCUUUACGACAGCAUCAUCCGCAUCAAGAAGUUGCCCUACUUGCCAGAGCUGGGUUGGGGACAUCAGGAGAAGUACAAUGUGCGCGUGGAGGACAUCAUGGUGCGCGACGUGCGCUACAUAACCCUGAACUGCCGCUACCGUGAUCUUCAGGAUGUGCUGCAUGGAACCAAAAUGAAGAGCUUGGCUUUGGUGGAAUCAGCUGAGUCCAUGAUCCUUCUGGGCUCCAUCGAGCGCACGCAGAUCGUGACCCUCCUGAGUGAGCAGCUGAGCUACGCACGCCGGCUCCACUACAUGCGCGAGAAGGCCCAGGCCGACCGUCGAGCCACUGAGAAGGUUCCAGAAGGCGCGGAGGAGCACCAGACGCCUGACACGGGUGUGCGCUUUCAGAUCAUCACCGAAGAAUCCUCGUUUGUCCCGCCGCGAAGUGAGUCCCGUAAGCCCUUGAAGCCGGCACUAAAGCGAGCCUCCAGCACUUUAUCCGAGAGUGUCUCCACUGGGACUGUGGACCCCCCAGGAAUCGCUCUGAGGAGCCUUUUUUGCGCUAACAACACAACAGCAGAGCCAGCUGAGGAUGAGAAUUCGGGCCUGCCUGAAAAGCGCAAGUCGAAGCGUGUCCGCAUUUCCGUGGCGGAUGAAUAUGAAGUAGCUGGCGAAAUGACCCCUGCAGAGAUCCUGGAAUGGGAGGAGCAGCAGCUAGAGCAGUUUGUCAACUUCAACAACAGCAAGAUUGACCCAGCACCCUUCCAGUUGGUGGAACGCACUUCUUUGCACAAGACACACACCAUAUUCUCUCUCCUGGGGGUGGACCACGCCUAUGUCACCAGCAUCGGGCGCCUCAUUGGCAUGGUGUCCCUCAAGGAGUUGCGAAAAGCCAUUGAAGGCUCAGUAACCGCCAAGGGGGUGAAGGUGCGGCCCCCAUUGGCCAGCUUCCGGGACAGCACAACUAGCAGCAGCGAGACAGAGGCCACAGAGAUCCACCAGCUGUGGGACCGGCGAAACAGGCACUCCAUCCCCCGCGAGUCCAGCCCUUCAGAGAGUGAUGAGAAAUGCCAGUGACGGCGGAGGGAGUCUUGCUAACCGGUUGGCGGAGAAGCCAGCGUCGCCACUCCACGGCCGUUUAGUUCCGGCCAGAGUCUUCCCAGGGUCCUUUGCUUAGCGUUCCAGCCCGGGGACCCACUACUGCCCCGAGAGACUUGCAAAAAGGCCUCUCGGCCAGAAAACCAGAGCAGCUUCAAGGCCUCACCGGGCACGAAGCCACAAGCCCGUCCCUGCCCCGUUCUUGCUCUGGAGGAGAGGAGGCGGCAGAACAAAUUCGGGGCCGAGUGAGAGGAUCCUGCUCCUCUCAUCAGCCCACACCUCAGUGGGACCUAGAUGUCUGAGAACAGCAAGGAAGUCCUUCAUCCUGCGCCUUGCCUGAUGUUGAAGUCACACCUGUGCCACCUGUGCCUGUUUUCGGUCGUACACCCCUGCAGUCCCUCUCACGCUGCCAUUAGUCUCAGGGCUUGCUCAAGAUGUUUGUGGGUAAGAGGGCAUCGGUUUUACAAAUGCGCACAUACAAAAUAAGUAAACACACCCCCUCCUACCCUUCCAUUGGCCUUGCCUCUACCUUAAAAUGGGAUCCAGUCAGAUAGGGCCAAGGAAAUUGUGAGCUGAGGUGUUCAAACCCCACCUGGUCCACCUCUGCUUCUUUGCACAGGUCACUCUUAAGCUGAGGAGUGGGGGCAUAAGACACCUGAAGGAGCCACUCCUGCAAGUAGGAUCCAGGCCAUUAUCACCUGCCUUUUUCUUUUUCGCUUACCUCUGCUCUCUCACUGCCACUUCGCACACAUUUGCAGUCCAGUCAGUGAGUCCUGGGUCACCA